UGAUUGCGACUUGCUGUUUGUCUCUUCGAUGAGUGUGCCCUCAAGAGGGCCCUUGAAUAGCGUUGAAUGCCACGGCCCGAGUUAGCACCGAUAACGCCAUCUUAGACAAACUAAUCAUGGUCGACUCAAUCGAUAGCCAGCUCAUCCUCGCUUUUCACGCGUAACGCUCUUAUUUGUUCACUGAACCACUACCAUCGCAUUAAUUGGAUAACACUAUGUCCACACUCGAGAAUCUCGUUGACAUCCCGAAUACACCACAAUUUCAAGAGCUGCUCUCGAAGGAUCUCAAACGUAUAUCACUAAUCUACUUCUGGACGUCCUGGGCUGAGCCAUGUGUACAAAUGAACCAGGUUGUGGAAGGGCUAGCGAAGGCGUAUCCAAAACUGCUCGCACUCAGGGUAGAGGCAGAAGAGCAAGCAGAUAUAACAGACUCCUUUGACAUCAACUCCGUUCCGACAUGCUUAGUUAUCCAGGGUCAUGCUUUACUUGCCCGAAUCGAAGGCGGAGAUGCGACCCAGCUUAAAGAAACGAUCACAAAGCACUUGGGAAACAAGUCUGCAGCUCCCCAGUCAACGACAUCUCAACCUCCUGCCCCUCCUCUAUCUUCCGAGACGGAAGAACAGUUAGAAGCUCGUAUGCGCAAUAUCAUGAAUCAAAGCGCAGUGGUCCUAUUCAUGAAAGGGGAGCCAGACACGCCUCGGUGUGGAUUUUCCAGGACUGCCGUGGCGUUGUUGAGGGAGAAAAAAGUUGCAUUCACCCACUUUGACAUUCUCAGUGACGAGAGUGUGCGACAAGGUCUGAAGAAAGUGAACGAUUGGCCCACCUUCCCACAGUUCAUGGUAAAAGGCGAAUUCGUGGGAGGAUUGGAUGUAGUGAAGGAAAUGAAGGAGUCGGGGGAGUUCGAAGAGGUUUUCUCUACUUGAUUCUGCCACCGAUGUGUACUGUUGAUAAAAAUCUAACUCUUGAGCAGAUGAUUAUCGAUACUCAUGCGACAGAAAUGGUAAUAAUUUGAUUUGAA